GGGACCGGUGGACACUCGACGGGACAGGAUCACGGGAGAAGAAGAAAAGUGGCAGUCUGGGCCCAAUUAACAAACGGCUGAGAUCUUCAUGAUCUUAACUCCGUCACGCCUACGUGUACGGUGCAAGCAGAGUUUCAGUUAAUUUUAGGCCUUUUGUUUGCUUAUUUUGCUUGGGAAGGAUAGAAGAAAUGAACUCCUGAAGUUGGCAAAGAUGUUGGCUUCUUUGGAUCUAUUUCCGGCGCCUGCUUUUGGGUCUGUAUCACCUUCUUUAGGCAAGAACUUCAAAAGGGCUUUGGGAAACAACCUGCACAAGCAAAAACUGAUUGGACUGACUUUUGAGUCCCGAAAGCUGCAUGGUUCUCCCAAAUUCUAUUUCAUGCCAGGAAUCUCAACAAAUAAGAGGCAUGGUCUCACAAUCACAGCUGUUAUGACAGAUGACAACACAACAAUGACAAAUGAGAAAGAAAUGGAAGAUAUUCAUCUUUUGAGCAUUGAUCCUGGGUUGGGACCAUUUAAAGACCACUUCAGUUAUAGAAUGAAAAGAUACAGAAAUCAGAAAGAGCAAAUUGAAAAACACGAAGGAGGUCUUGACGAAUUUUCCAGAGGUUACCUGAAAUUUGGAUUUAAUAGAGAAGAAGGUGGCAUUGUCUAUCGUGAGUGGGCCCCUGCAGCUGAGGAAGCUCAAGUCAUUGGCGACUUUAAUGGAUGGGAUGGUUCCAACCACAAAAUGGAAAAGAAUGAAUUUGGAGUUUGGAGUAUCAAAAUAACUGAUGCUGCUGGAAAUCCAGCAAUUCCUCACAAUUCAAGGGUCAAGUUUCGAUUCAAGCAUGGUAAUGGAAUUUGGGUUGAUCGAAUUCCAGCUUGGAUUAGAUAUGCCACUGUGGACCCUUCAAAUUUCGGUGCACCAUAUGAUGGUGUCUACUGGGAUCCUCCAGCUUCAGAAAGGUAUCAAUUUGAGUACCCUCGGCCUCCAAAACCCAGGGCCCCACGUAUAUACGAGGCUCAUGUGGGAAUGAGCAGCUCAGAACCUCGUGUUAAUACAUACAGAGAAUUUGCUGAUGAUGUUUUGCCUCGCAUACGGGCCAAUAACUAUAACACAGUUCAGUUAAUGGCUGUGAUGGAGCAUUCCUAUUAUGGAUCAUUUGGGUACCAUGUUACUAACUUUUUUGCUGUAAGCAGUAGAUCUGGAACCCCUGAGGAUCUUAAGUAUUUAAUUGAUAAAGCUCAUAGCUUGGGUUUAUGUGUUCUGAUGGAUGUUAUUCACAGCCAUGCAAGUAACAAUGUCACUGAUGGCCUUAAUGGCUUUGAUGUUGGCCAAAGCUCUCAAGAAUCCUAUUUCCACACUGGAGAUAGAGGCUACCAUAAGUUAUGGGACAGCAGGCUCUUUAAUUAUGCUAAUUGGGAAGUUCUUCGCUUCCUGCUGUCGAACCUGAGAUGGUGGCUUGAGGAGUACAAAUUCGAUGGCUUUCGGUUUGAUGGAGUAACUUCAAUGCUGUACCAUCACCAUGGAAUCGACAUGGCAUUUACUGGGAAUUAUAACGAGUAUUUCAGUGAAGCAACUGAUGUUGAUGCUGUUGUUUAUUUGAUGUUGGCCAAUUCUCUGAUUCACAACACCUUGCCAGAUGCUACUGUGAUUGCCGAAGACGUUUCGGGCAUGCCUGGACUUGGUCAUGAUGUCUCUGAGGGGGGAAUUGGUUUUGACUAUCGCUUGGCAAUGGCUAUCCCUGACAAAUGGAUAGAUUACUUGAAAAACAAGAGUGAUGAAGAGUGGUCAAUGGAGGAAAUUGCAUGGAGCUUAACUAAUAGGAGGUACACUGAGAAAUGUGUUGCUUAUGCUGAGAGUCAUGACCAAGCCAUUGUUGGUGACAAGACAGUUGCCUUUUUGCUAAUGGAUAAAGAAAUGUAUUCUGGAAUGUCUUGCUUGACAGAUGCUCCACCUAUCAUUGAGCGAGGGAUAGCACUUCACAAGAUGGUACAUUUUUUAACUAUGGCAUUAGGCGGUGAGGGCUACCUUAAUUUUAUGGGAAACGAGUUUGGCCAUCCUGAGUGGAUUGACUUCCCAAGAGAAGGCAAUGGGUGGAGUUAUGAUAAGUGCAGACGCCAAUGGAACCUAGUUGACACUGAACACUUGAGAUACAAGUUCAUGAAUGCAUUUGACAGAGCUAUGAAUGGGCUUGAUGAAAAGUAUUCGUUUCUUGCAUCAACAAAGCAGAUUGUGAGCAGCACAAAUGAGGAAGAUAAGGUUAUUGUCUUUGAGUGUGGGGAUCUGGUCUUUGUGUUCAAUUUUCAUCCAGAGAAUACAUAUGAUGGAUACAAGAUUGGUUGUGACUUGCCAGGGAAGUAUAGAGUUGCACUGGAUAGUGAUGCAUGGGAAUUUGGAGGACAAGGAAGGGUCAGCCAUGAGGCAGAACAUUUUACAUCUCCUGAAGGGAUACCUGGAGUGGCUGAAACAAAUUUCAACAAUCGUCCGAACUCCUUCAAAGUACUUUCCCCAGCUCGCACAUGUGUGGCUUAUUACAGAGUUGACGAAAGCCAAGAAAUUAACAAUGGAGGCAAUCUGGGCGCUGUUGAUGAGACAUUGACAGCUGAUGCUGUAGAGAAGCUAGAGGUUUCUGAAGAAGUUGUCAAGCAGAACUUAGCCACAGAUACAAUGGAAAAGAAGGACAAUUUGGAAGAAGUAAACACCAAGAAAUUAGCUGCAGAUACUGCGGUGAACCAGGAGGAUAUUAAAGAACCUGCUGAUUCGACGAUGAAUGGUGAUGCUGGUCCAACUAUGGCAGGGAAUGUAGAAGCAGAAGAGAUUGAGGGAGGGAAAUCAGAUGACUAAAAAUCUUUCCUAGCUUCUGUGAGAUGAAAAUCCGAAGUGUUGAAAUAUCUCAUUUUGUGAAUAAUUUAGUGCGGAAUGCUUAACUAAGGGAAUGUUCUUUAGGGUUUAAAUUAUGAGGUGAUUUUGUAUGGCCUGCAUUAGCAUUUAUGCUCUUGUAAAUAAGUGGCACUGGCAAUGCUUUUAAAUAAGCUCUGCAUAAUAAAUGUACAGGUUAAGAAGAAUAAGGUAGCACACAGUUAAUAUAUCCUUACAAUAUAUUUCAAGGAAA